CGCCAAUGGGAGCCGGGGGCGGGGCCCGCGCGGGUCAAUGGGGCCGGGCCGGACGCUCUGUCCAGUGUAUGCUUUUCAGAGCACCCUGGCUUGUGAAGCAUUACCUGGUUAAACUGGAAUUGAAGCAGGACAGUGCCAACCCCUCCUGGUCCAGAAAAGGGCUCCGCUGCGGAACCGGCCCUCGGCAAAGAUGGGGAAGGGCUACAAGGUGGUGGUCUGUGGAAUGGCCUCAGUGGGAAAGACUGCGAUUUUGGAGCAGCUUCUCUAUGGAAAGCAUACUGUUGGCUUAGAAGAGGGUGCCACAAUGGAAGAUGUGUAUUUGGCAUCGGUGGAGACAGACCGAGGCGUGAAGGAACAGCUGCGGCUUUAUGACACCAGGGGUCUGCAGGAGGGCGUGGAGCUGCCCAAGCACUAUUUCUCUGUGGCUGAUGGCUUCGUUCUGGUAUAUGCCGUGACCAGCCUUGAAGCCUUCCAAAGAGUCGAACUGCUCAAAAAGGAGAUUGAUGUCUUCAGAGACAAAAAGGAGGUUACACUUAUUGUCUUGGGAAACAAAACUGACCUCCUGGACCAAAGGCAAGUGGAAACAGAAGCAGCACAGCAAUGGGCAAGGGCUGAGAAAGUGAGACUGUGGGAAGUGACUGUGACAGAUCGGAAAACACUGCUUGAACCCUUCACCUUCUUAGCUAGCAAACUGUCCCAGUCCCAGAACAAAUCAACAUUUCCCUUGCCUGGAAGGAAGAGCAAAGGGAAUAACUGUGAUAACUAGACUAGCUUAGCAUUGUCUCCUGCUGCCAGGUCACAGUCUAAGUCCUUUUUGUGCCAUUUGCUUCUUGCAGUUUCACUUAAAGCAAUAAUAUCAUUCAGCAAUAAAAUCAGCAAGCUUAUAGCUAAGAGGUAUCCUUCCUUCCCAUAGACUUGGCUUGAAAAAGCUGCUGGUGGUAAAAGUGUCAAAAAGCGCUUUAUGAGAGUAGUUAUUUUGCAUCCAGGGCUAUGGAGGAGGAAGGGAUAGAUGGAUACCUCUCUAGCAGGGGCUUUUAGUAUGCCUGGGUAUAGCUAUGUUGAGGGACAAAUCAACAAGCUUACCAGUAUAUAAUCCCCCUGCAGAUCUAUAGCCUGUAGUCACAAAAAGUAUUAGCUGCAAUAAAGCAUUCAAUUUGGAAAGGUGA